AUGAAUCCAAUCAACCCGGCCAGCGAUUCAGGAGGAAGCUGGGAUGAGGCAGCCAUUUCUGCUAAGCUAAAAGGUCCCAAAGUCAUUGGUAUCUACGGAAUCCCCGGAUCGGGCAAGACAACUCUUCUGGCGGAACUAAGCAAAGUUCUAUAUGCUGAGCGCUACUCCUUUUAUGAAGGAUCGGAGAUAAUCGCUCAGCAGAUCCCUGGCGGUCUAGCAGCAUUUCAGAAGCUGGAUGACGAAAGAAAAAGAGACUUAAGACAGCUCGCUAUCAAGAAAGUCUACAAUGACUGCGUCGAGAGCCGAAAGACGGCGAUUGUCACGGGUCACUUCAUGUUUUGGACGGAGAACGACUCUCUCGGAAAUGUCGUCUGUACCGAAAGCGACAUGGCGACAUACACGCACAUCGUGUACUUGAAUGUUCCUCCAGAGAUCAUCGAAAAACGCUGCAGCAAGGAUGCUAGGAGGCAGAGGAAAUUAUCUUCGGUCAAUCACCUAUCAAAGUGGCAGCAAGCUGAGCUGGAUAGGCUCUCACCUUUGUGCCACAAGCACGGUAUCUUCCUCUCGGUCGUUUCUAUCGAUCAGAUCUUGCAAGGAAAGGUCCAGGAAUUGAUACACGAUUUCGAUAACUACGACGAAGAGUAUAACGAUGACCACACAAUGGACGAGCUAGAUGAGGUUGUCUUUCACCACCUCGGCCAAGCGGAGACGGUCAUGGUCAUCGACGGUGACAGAACGAUUACGUCUCAGGAUACAGGCAAAAUGUUCUGGGAAAUCGUUCCUGCCCACGGUCCACAUUGUAAACAAGGCGCAAGUCCACUGAAGGAGCUAUUUGGUGGCCCUCUAGGCUAUUCAUAUACUGCUUUUCGGCAAGCCACGCUCCUACACGAAGAAGUAGCUGACGAUGAGACGUACGAGAAUGUGUGUCAGCAGGUAGCCUCGGCUACAAUCAUACACUCAGAAUUCUUAUCAUUGCUACAACUUGUGAAAGAUCUACCCAGGGUCGGAGCCAUCAUCGUUAGCUGUGGUCAUCGACGCAUCUGGGAGAUUGUGCUUGAGAAAGCAAACCUGCAGGAAACGGUGGCGGUAAUGGCUGGAGGACGUAUCGUCGAUAAAUUGGUAGUUACGGCGGCAACCAAAGCUAAGAUCGUUACCGAGCUACAAAGAAAGCACCAUAAGAGGGUUUGGGCCUUUGGAGAUAGUCCGCUCGAUAUGAAAAUGCUGCAGGCCGCGGACCACGCUGUUGUCGUGGUCACUGAGGAAGGCACAAGGAGCAAGUCCAUGGAAGCCGCACUCGCCAACGCAAUAGAAAAUGAAGCCCUUUGUGCGCUUCAGGUCGUGCUACCGAGUUCGGCUCCACCAAGGCUUGAUACUAGAAGGUUACCACUGGUCGAUAUAACCAAACUUGACUUUGUCAACGCUCUACUAGCUCGCACGGAACAGCCAACCGAACUUGCGAUAUCAACAGCGGCACAAACAGCCUCGAAGCUCCUGGCUACACCAAUGCGCGAUGCAGCUGUCCAGGGUCCCAGUCUGCGGAAAGCCCACCAAAGAACCGGCUGGUACCUUGCGCAUGAACUCGUCUCCCGCAUCAUUGGCUUGCAACCUUGUCCCAUUUCACACGUACUCGGCCGUCCGACCAGCGGCUUUCAGCUCGCAAACGAACAUCAAACAACAAUUGUAUCCCUGAUGCGUGGCGGUGAUCCCAUGGCAUUGGGUGUCAACGAAGCCUUCCCACGUGCCAGUUACGUGCACGUCAAAGUCCCAGAAGACCUGCAAUCUCAUCAUCUCGACGGCCAAGCGCAGGUCAUUCUCGUGGAUUCGGUGGUGAAUACAGGGAAGUCUGUGAUAGAGUGUAUUGGAGCUAUACGGUCUCAUCGCCCUGAGAUACGAAUCGUUAUCGUUGCGGGCGUUGUGCAAGCGCAGUGUUUGCAUAGAGAUAGUAUCAUGUAUAAAGCGCUCUCUGCGGAUAGACGCGUGGAUAUCGUUGCACUUCGGGUUUCUGAAACCAAGUUUACUGGAAGUGGUACAACUGAUACGGGUAAUCGGCUGUUUAAUACUACCCAUCUGGCUUAG